AUGAAAGUGCCCCCUGCACUCAUGCAACAGAUGACAAAUAGAAAAGAUCUGUUUAUAAAUAUGUCAUUUGUGGAAGAAACUAUAAUGAUGAUUACUGAGGAAGCUCCAUUAAUUUUUCUAGUAAGCCUCACUUCACUUGUGAUGAUGGGUCUACAAAUACUAUUCUCCAGGCUAAUGAUGUUUGUGUUAAAAAAGUUGGAGUUUUCUUCAUAUGACACGAAUUUUGUGAUCAAAGUUGCCUACCAACUUUGUUUUGUAUUGAUGAGCAGUAUCACCAUAAUAUGUAUGGUGGACACGUCUUUUGCCGACCUACUCUAUCCAACAAUAGCAGGCAGUAUGAAUCUCCAGACACAGUUUGAUGUGUGUAAGAAGCAGAAACAAGUUGAAUCUGCAAUGAAGAUUUCCAUUAUUCAUUUGGCAUAUUGUAUCUCCUCAAUCGUCAUGGACAUAAUUAACAUGUCCAUGACCAUGGAGACAUUGAGGAUGACAAUUAUGUGUGCCUGUAUUGUCACUACAACCUAUGCAAAGUGCCCACUAUUCGGACUGUUUGUCUUGCUAAUAUCAAAUAGAAGCUCAUUAUGGCAAUUGAUGAGUAAAGGAUGCAUUCUCAUCGGGCGUUACACAGAUUCAGAAAUAUUAGCCCAUUUUUCUGUGGGUUUUUUUAUGUACUAUGGUGUUAUAUGGCUCUUAUCAUUCCUUGCACAAAUACCAGUGUUCCUGACACACAACAAACCAGUCUUCAAUGAGUUUAAUCUCCUGAUUAUGAUACAAUGUCUUGUGAUUACGUAUGUGAUUGUUUCUUUGUUUGAAGGCCCAUGUUCACGAAUGGUAAUUGCUUAUGUAUCCAAUGCUCCUGAUGAGGAAAAAAACCUAAUAUUCUUCCUAUUUGGAACUAAUUUAACACCCAGAAGGACUUGCAGUGUGUCUGAAUCCUUCAGACUAGACACAGGAAGGAGAAAUUCGAGAGCAUUUAUGCAAAUUAUCAGAACCUCAACGAUUAUGAGGCGUAAAGCCAGACAAGCCCGUCGAAGAUUAGAGAGUAGAAGAAAGACUGAGGAAGCUGCAGCAAUAGCCGCUGCCCAAGCUGCAGAUUCUCGAGCACAAAUGGCUAUUAGAAGAGCAAAACAUGUUGGAGCCCCGCGACUCUCCAAAAGAUUUCUUAAAAGAACCUCUGCUCAACCAAGACCGGUGAGACUCUCUCAGAUAGAUUUUGUAUCUACCACUGACAUUCAAGAUCCACAACCUGGACCUUCUUCUCAAGUCUCUCAGAUGGAUUUUGUAUCUACCACUGACAUUCAAGAUCCACAACCUGGACCUUCUUCUCAAGUUGAGAGGAUUCCACCACUGGAUGAAGAGUAA